CCACUGGGUGUGCACGAUAGCCGGAUAGGCCUUUGCCAGUUUAAACAAACAGUGCUAAGUGCUACAUGUAGUGUGGUGGGAACUGCCUGGAGAGCCGAGUCAUUCGGAGCAGCAACUCCGCGAGGUGGUUCAUGCCUCUGCGCCAGUCGUCACCGCUCUCUCCCGGAGUGCCAGUGAUAUUAUGUGACCCCUGGUACAACCUCUAGCGACGAAGUGCAGCUCGUGGUUUGAAGACUUUGUGAGCCCGCCAUCGUUCCAUAAGUACCUAACAUUUUGAUAACCUCGCUGCAGGAAAGGCCCAUGAGUAUGAGAUUGACAACCGAGAAUAGGAGAUGAUGAACAUAAGUAUUGGAAGGCCAUUGAUCGCCGCACCAACUAGCUCCAAGAUCCAGUGACCCGAAAGGAAUCGCUAAGAUCGACGCCUUGUCCAUGUGCUUCUGCUCAAUAGGAAUGAAGCCCUGGAUGGCGGUGUCGUUGCUGCUGCUGCUAAGCAUGCAGAUUCAGCUGCUGCAGUGUGCAGCUGUGCCUCCUACUUCCUCGACAUCUGCUGAAGGAUCAAUCUGCGGUGCACCAAGCCCACUGCGAUUCCAAGGCCUCCUUUACGCUAGGCAGCUGUCCUACAGGAACAGCGUGCGUGCCACGCAUUCAUCAUGCGAUUUGCAUGCGCCGUCGGGAAGUGCCAUGGCCGCGGUGGAGUUCAGUGAUCCUGGCUUCAUGAGAGUGUUCCGUCUCACCUGCAAUGUUCCGCCCGGUAUGUAUUCCGACGCACGCGCUUGCAUCUUUCAGUUCAGAGCUGCUCCCAGGGCCGGAAGAGCAGGACGUCUUCUACUUGCUGUAUUGCGGCCACCUGGAGUCUCCUACUGGAAUAUCACUACUAAGGACAUGAACAGAAAUCCGUUCAGUGAUCUGUUUGCACCCGGCUAUGGCAUGACUGAUCACAGCGUGAAGUUGGAUUACGAGGUUCUGCCCUACCCGCUGCCCAAGUCAAGUAUCAAUGACAGUGCCCUGGCUGUGAAGUCGUCGAUUGUCCUAAGAAGCUGCGAGGACAUGGACUGUGUGCCUCAGUACUGCAUGCAGAAGUGCUGCCUGAAACCGUCAGAUCAGACAAUGCUUGGUAACAUCUCCGGUACGUACACCAGUAGCCACAGUGCGGAAGUCAGCUACACUAUAGCGCAUGUCUAUCCCCACGGCGUUCAGCAAACCUACAAGGUGACCGUCCUGUACGAAGACAGACUGCGUUUCAACGUCUCAGCCAUCAGCGCGAUCACGGCAUCGUACGAUGCGCGCUGCCCGCCAGGCAGAUCGUCUCAGUUACCCGUGGAUACCCUGGAUGGAGACGUUGUCGUUCAAGUCCUUGAAUCGAAGAACACAUUCUAUCUGUGCAACCUUCCUAUUGGCAGGAGGUGGACACUUGGGUUGACGGCAUCCUACAAGGAUGGCAACUGCAGGUACAUGCCCACUCACUUCUCCACUGCUGUGCACAGUCCACUGUUCUGUGCGGGAGCUUCAGACAACAGCGCAGUGUGGUCCGAGUGGUCAGCCUGCUCUCCGUGUUCCUCGGCCACUCGCAGUCGCAAAGUGGUGAACCGCACGUGCCAGUCCUGGCAGCCGGCGCAUCCCAUUGGCUUGGAGGAGAACUGCACCUGCGUUCUCAGUUCUGGCACUGGACAGAUUGCACCUUUCUGUAGUGUGACAUAUCCUGUGCCACCGGACUGUUCAAACAGCAGUACAACGGCAGGCAGUGACAAUGGCGGUGUCAGUAGUAUGGUUAUUGGAGCCAUCCUUGGUACACUGGUGCUUGUAGGACUUCUAUUCUGUGUAUCGAGCCAACGAGCCUGGAAGGAAUUUAACCAUCCAACCAAUCACCAUUUCACAAACACAAACAGCGGCAUGAAAAGCUACUUGACCUGGAUUCACGUGGAAGGUGUUGAAAAGCACGACCGCACUGUAGCUAACUUCUUCUCCAUGGCAAAGCCAAGACUGAAAGUAGUACUGAAGAAACUGAGCAAGAAAACCGGCAGAGCGUGUGAAAUCCUGAUCGUCGUGGUAACCAAAGAGCUCAUUCUGCAAUACGAAGGAAAAUAUACGAGUGGCGACAUUGGCAAGUACCGAUUCUUGCAGUGUGUUCUUGAGAAGCGCAAGCAGCGAAGCUACCCAUACGAUGUUGUGGCACUGGCGUUGAAUGAGUGCAUGGACGAAACGACAUCACUGACGCAGGCAGAGUAUAAGAAGUAUUGUAGCAGCCCGUAUGUGCAGAUCCGGUAUGAUCACUCUGCAUCAACAGCGGCUGUCAAACCGCAAGUCCAGACUCUCGUUGAUGCUCUGCAGGCGUCUCAUCCAUCACCAAUUCCUCCUUGUGCCGGGUGUCUCAAUACACACAUGCUGCUGAAACAGAGGCUGAACAGGGACGAUGGUGUGAUGAACAUUCUGACCCUUCAUCCGCAUGAGCACGAGCACGCCCAGAGCUAUGGUGCCAUCAAGGGAUUCAUAUUGGGCAGCAUGGCGGAGCGACUCAAAGAUUUGUCGGUGGCUCGGCACGAGCAUGGGCACAACAGCUCAGAUGGAUUCGACAUUUUUCUGGCGUUCCUGAGUCAGGAAUCAGUAGGGCAUCUAGAGAAGAUUGGUGCAUUGCCUCGUCAAGAAGGCAAGUCUGAUUUUGCCCUGCAUGAUUUCUUUCUUUGCCGCCGUGACAACCGAGCAGCGCCAUAUCUGCUUGUGACGGUCAUUGUAGAUGACCCGGGCAAUGGCUUACAUCCGGUUAGUGUCAAACAUGUGCAGGAAAUGUCUGGCCUGCACACAGAUGCCAUUCUGUCGGCUCAGGCCAAUACCUUUGCUGCACUUCCCAAUGGGCUGACCAAUCCUGAUUGUGCGGCGUUGGCCGAAGAGAUAUACGAAGCGCUGACUCGAAUGGCCCUUUCGACUCCUGAUGUUCACUCAGCACUGAAUGAGGCUGCGACCAAAUUGCCUAUCGAUGGUCAAGCUGCAUCUGCACAUAACACUGGACGUCAUCCUAAGCCUGACACAUGUACAUCAUCCACCUGCCUGCCGUGUGAACAGGUCAUAGCCCGGAGGUCUGAGUGCAUGUCCACGGGCGCACCGGAAAGUGAUGGCCUUGAGCAGAGGCUGGAGAACAGCGAUGACCAGCGUAUCAGCUAUGCCAAGCAGCAAAGAAUACGCGGGCACAGUCCAAGAGAGAGUGCAGAUGCUAGAACUUCCCUCCAUCCCCAGCAUGACGCCGUACUUCCCGUCUACAGUGAAGAAUUAGGUAGAUUUGAAACUGCUAUGUAAGUAAGCAUGACUUGGAAUCAAAUUUUUUUGUUGUAUUACAUUUUUUCUCAACAGUGAGUCCUGCAGUUUCAGCUCCAGUACUAGCUUUAUAAAGUAGAUCUCAACGGUCUGAUCCUGGUUUACUCUGCCAUGACACAGAGUUCAUGAUGAUUAUAGGUACUCGAGUAUAAUCUAUAUUUGGAGUACUGAAGUGGUACACUCUUGUCUACAUGUACAUUAAUUUUAUAUAUCCUCCACACAGCUUGACAGGCCUAUUCAGGACAUACGAUUACAUCAGCACCCCAGAAAUGCCUCGGUUAUAUGAUGAUAUCACAGAACCUUAUUCUUCUAUUCCGGACCCCUAUUUCUGAAAAGUGCCUCAUCUUGAA